AUGGAAGGCCCAGGGUUUGUGUGGAUUCCACCGAGGAAGCAGCCGGCUCCACCUGCACCUUCUCUUCUUGGAGAUAUGCCACCUCCCCCUCCUCCUCCAUCAGAAAAAAGCGGUUCUGAGUCGGAUUGUAAACAGCUUGCCAUUCCAGUAGGAACGAUUUCGCUGAAUAAUGAAACCCUUUUCAUAACCAACUCGGGUAUUUAUCUGGUUGGAUGUGAUAAGAAUCAGAAUCUUUCCAGGAGCGAUCAGUUGUCUUCGGACUCCCUUGAAGAUUACUUGAACUCUAAAGAUAUCGCAUCGCCGAUAUCAGGCUCUGAGCUUCAACAAAAAACAGAAGCAGACAACGAUGAUACGGAUUCAUAUUACUCCAUGAGAAGUCCGUUUUACGGUAGUGUUGCACCUGUUAUCUAUACUUUAGCGGGUGCUACUGUUCUCGGGUGGUUGCUACUCAUCCUUCUUAUCAUAUCGACUAAGAAAAGACCCUGGCUACAAAAAUUCUCGACUUUAGCAUUAGCUGCUCUUUUAACAGCUACACUCGCACAAGCAUUUAACGAGCUCGACAAUCAGUAUGCAGCAGGAUACCAAGACUCGUUUGAACUUCAAAAAGCCACUCUUGGAGCACUUUCUUUUGAGAUUCCGGCUGUCAUUGUUCAGGCCAUUAUGUGGCUGGCUCACAUUCAGAUAGUUUUACGAAUAUUCGGGCCAAGAAAAGAAGUACUAAUGGUGAAGAUUGUGGGUGGAAUACUGUUGAUAUUAGAGAUAAUUUUCUGGAGCAUAGGACUUUUUGUCGACAGAAAUAGGUCGUUAAAUGCCACUAGACUACAUGAGAAUCAGUGGAUAAUAGUGGCAUAUGCUUUUGAAAUAGUUUUCGUUACCGUUUAUGCUGUUUGUAUGUUGGCUUAUUCAUUGCGCAAAGCAAGAUAUGCUUACAAUGAUAGGACAUAUAUUAUCGCACUCUUUUCCACAGCUACUUUGGUUGCUCCAUUGGUGUUUAUUGGCCUUUUUUCAUCCAGGUGGAUCAUUGGCUGGGCGGUAUACUGUGUAUAUAUAUCGAAUGGCGCUGCUACCGUGGUUUUGUGGGAUUGGCUUGAUGCUAUAGAGCUUUAUGAGAAACAGGAGCAAAGAAACGGGAUUAUGGGUCGUCAAGUUUAUGAAGAUGAGAUGGCGUUGGAAUUUAAAUCCAAGCUAGUGACACAGUUUAGAGGAUCAAAUAGUACUGACAACGGAGGUGACAGUGUUACGAGUAGCUCAGAUCCAGGUUCCAAAGCCAAAAUUAAAGGCUGGGUGGUGGCUAAAAUAAAGUCUCCAUUGCUCGACUUUUCAUGGACAAAAUGGCAACAUAUCUUUCGUGUAGGUGCUAGUCCAGCUAGUUUGUGGACAAAUUAUAAUAGCACCCGAAGAAUGCAGACUUCAGAUGUUGAUUUAUCAGAAAUGCAAGGUACUGAUAAUUCUGGGGCCAAUAACUAUGCUGGUUUUAGUAAUGAGGAUGGUACAAGAAGAAAAGCUAGUGGUCAGAUUGGUGGUGAUGAUAUCUCUUUGAGCCCAUCACAGUCACCGGGCAUGGGAUUUCCUACACCACAGCCCGAUUUGACAACUGUUAUUACAAUUGAUGAUCGGUUGCAGAGAUUUAUCCAUCCUGUCAAGCAGAGCAGUAGUGUUCUUCGAGCAUCUGGUCUCUCUGUUGGUGAGAAUGCAUUUGUAAACUCUCCCCAGGGUCAAAUGAAUGCAAGGGAAGGAUACCACAAUGCUAGCAACAGCAUCAGCAAUGUCAACAGGAUCAAUGAUGUUAGCAACAUGAACAAUAUGAACCACAAUAUGAAUGCUAUCAUUAAUAAUAACGAAAACAUCGACGAUGAUGAUUCGGAUGAUGAUGAUCUGUAUGUUGUCGUACAAAGAAAUGAUGAAGCCCCAUCGCAACUGGCAAAUCAACAUGUCUAUAGUCAUGAUACUCAGGGAGACGACGAUGAGGAACCACCUAAUGUGUUUAACCGAAUUCCUGGAUUCGACCCUGGCGAUUAUUGGGACGACAAGGCUCCGUCAUCUUCUCACAGGCAGUGA